AUGACGCCGUUCCUCCGGCGGCAGCGCCGUAGCGGGCGCGUGCCCGUCUCUCUUCUAACCUCUGUUCUUCUCUCUCUUCUCUACUGCUGCACAUCAUUGGGGCCCUCGGCGCCGUCUCCCCGGUUCUCCUCUCAAGCCGCUGCUUCUGGCGAGAGCUCCUCGGCCGCUCCUCUCGUCUCGCUCAAAGAUGUCGCUGCGCUCUACAGGGAGGGCGGCCAGCCGGUGUUUUUCGAAGGCAGUUUGCUGCCGGGAGAUACUUCCACCGCGGCGCCGCAGACGCUGCAGGUGGACGUCAGUCUCACGAGCCUCGACGCCUUCUCCGCGCUCAAGGCCUUUCUCGCGGAGAAGGAGCCUUCAGAAAUCGAAGAUUUCCUUUUGCAGCAGAUCCCCCUCUCGCUUUCGUCUUCCGCAUCGUUUCCGCUCUCCUUCUUCCUCCGCGCGGACGUCUUCGCCUCAGCGCCGCCGCUGCUCUUCGCCCGCGUGGAGGGGCGCUCAGACCCCGCAGGCAGCGCCCAGGGCUUUGCUCAGGUCGAGAGGCCCGCAGAGAGGACUGCAGCCCCGAAAGUUCUGGAAGAGUACGACGGCGCCUCGGUGUGCAGCUGGCUCUCCCGCUCGUCUCUGAAGGACGCCCCCCACAUUUUCGCCACUUCGCUUCUGGUGCCUCUCUCCCUCUCGUUUCCCUCGCUCGCUGCGGAGAAAGCGGCGCUGUCUCCUCUCCUGGCCUCUGCAUCGGCGGCGAGCGAGCAGAAGGACUCGAAGACCGCCGUGCACGACGAGGCGCAGCAAGCGAAGGGGGCGAGGGGCGCGCCCGUGGAAGACGCGGAUCGCAAGCGGCUCGCUGAGCUUCUGCAGCAGGCGCUGAAAGAGGCAGACCGAGAAGCGCAAACAGCAGCCGCGUCGCCGACCGUCGGCGGCUGGACGGAACCUGUCGUUCCGCGUCCCGUCCAGCUCUCGCUGUCGGAGGAGGACAUUCGAGCCGGCAGCCAGGCCCUCGUGCAGCCGGCAAAGACUUUGUCUCUUGCGGUGUCGCUGCCCCUUGUGACUGAAAGCGGCGAAAAAGAGCUGGCACCCAGCCGCCCGGGAGAAGGAGACUCUCUGUUGGCCUCUGUGAACCGGGCCUUCGGCUUGGCUGCGUCUGCAGGCCAGUUCGCCCCCCAGAAAGUGCUCCUUGUGCUCUCGCUGCUGCCAUCGUCUCCCGGUCUCAGUGGCCUCUCCACGCAAGACGCGAAAGACAGAGAUGAAGGCGCCAAGAGAGAUAAAGAGUCGCCGCAGGCAACUGUCUCACCAGCAUGCGCUCAUCUCGGUACGAAUCCAACUCUGGUGAAGAGCAUGAUGAACAUGGACUGGGCUGCCGCGACUUCGGCGCAGCUACCGGCGGGCAGGGGGCCGUCCCCCGUGAACGAGGUGUACGUACAGUUGAAUGGCGAAGGAGCUGAGUCUGGAGCAGGCGCGGUUGACGUCUCCGUCGCACCGGACGCGAGGGGCAUGGCGUUAGUUCAUCUGGAAGUUGGAUCGAAUGCGAACGCGGGAGCGGCGGGAGACCGCAACUUCUUGGCUGCCGACAACGGAAGACACGAAACAGACACAAGCGACCAGGAUACGCACGAAGCGCGGGAUGGAAGCACCGCCGCACAGCCAGGCACUCUCGUCUUCGCGGAGCUCGAUGACGCUUCACCGGCCGAAACGCCACAAGUUCUGAUCUGCCUCAAAGCGCAGGGGGGCUGCAGAGGCAUUUUCGACUUCCUUCCGCCGCCUUUCCAGAGCAGGGGCGCGCUGCCGGCAGCUUACCGCGCCUCCCUCGUGCUCUAUCAGCAGGCACGCGAGGCAGCGGCGACUUCUUUCUUCUCUCUUCGUCCCCGUCGCCAGUGGCUCCUUCCGCUCUGUCUUUUACCCGCGGCGAGCGGGGACUCUGCAGGCCCAGUCGCUCACCUCCUCCUCUUGUUUCCGCCAAGCACGCUAGGGGAGGCCGCGACGCUCCGUUUUGGCGCGCUUCUUCCGCGCGUCCUCGGCACCGAGACUAAAGACACGCGAGUCCCGGCGUCUCCUUCGGCCACCCCAGCACCUCGCGACGCGUUAUCGCCUUUCGCGGCCUCGCCCUCCGCCUCGCCUUCCCCCUCGCCUUCUCCCUCGCCUUCCUCGCUGCUGUUUGGUCUCUUUCCAGCUCCGCCUUCCUCCCUUGCAGGCGCGCCUUCCGCGCCUCUCCCAAACGCUCCCCACGCCUCGCUCGCGCCCGCGUAUUCGCCCGGCGGCGCUUCGCUGGCUGCGGGCCCCGCCUCGCCCUCCGCCCUGGCUCCGCCUGCGGCCGCCGGGUCGUCUUCCGCGCCGGCCGUCGGUUCUCCAGCGUCCUCUCCGUCGCCAGCUCCUUCGCAGCCGCCGAGUUUUUUCUGGCUGCUUCUGCUGUUCGUCAUUUCCUCGGCUGCCAUGUUGACGGCCAUCAAGUUGGUGCUCUACAUGGACUCUGCGACGCGCAACCGCCCAGGGAACUCCUUCCUGCUGCCGUCGCUUUUCCCCGUCGAACUCGAGAGCGGCAGCAGACGAAUGGAGGGCGCGGAGGGCGAGGGAGACCCCGCGACCGGCGCCGCCGUGCGCGCCGCGCCGCGCUUCCACGACUCCGGCCGAGAGAUCGGCGAGGCGCGCGCCUGGCAGAACCUCGCGCUGUGGGCGGCAAGUCGCGAGAGCGACCCCACUCCCGCCUGCGAGAAAAACGCCGAGGACCAAACUUUUGCGUUUCCGCUGGCGAAGAACGUUCUUGAGCGGCCCUUUCGGUGCGCCACCGCCGCCUCGCGCCUGAUGGAGGCCUGGUGCACAGACAGCUCAACGGGACUCGAGCCACGCGAGAGCGGCGCCGCGCGUUUCCUGCCCCAGGAGCCUGAAGAGGGUCUGUGGGUCAGGAGGGGGGCGGAAGGGGGAUGCGGCGGGGGCGCGCGAGGAGGAGACGACUUGGUCUGUUUGCCGAGUAGGGAGAAGAAGGCGAAGAGCGGCGGGUCGCAGCUGCUCGUGGAGCUGCAAGAGACGACGCAGAAGAGCUUCAACUUCCUCUCGAGCCUCUACGGGGCGGGCGCCGCGCGAACUGCGCAGACCGAGUUCUCGCCUCAGGCCCUGCGAGACCUCGGCCUGAAGCUGGCGGCGGACACUACCCCCCCCAGCAAGCUCUGGGGCGAGGGCGCCGACUGGUCCGCGCCCGGCUGGUCAGCGGUCUUCCCUUCAGAGGACGAGAAAGAUGCCGCGGAGGGGGAGCGGGGGACAGCCGGCGCAGAGGCGCGCGACGCGAGCGCCGCAGCGAAGACGCGGGGCGGCGCGGACAAAGCGGAAGCCGCGCUGUUUGACACGCUCUUCACCGACCUCAAGGGCGCGCCGGCCGCGAAGAAGCCUCAAAGCAGAGAGAUGGAGCCGACGCGAACGGGCACCUGGCGGGAGAAGGAGUCCCUCGCGAGCACCUUUGGCGGAGACGAACACGACGAACUUUCUUCCUUCUCCGACCUCACGCCGUCCUUCUACGACCCGCUGGCGACCCCGAGCCACAGCGGCGCGUGGGGAGCUGCUCGCGCGGAGCGCAGCACGCCGCCCUGCUUCGCAGACGAAGCCGAGCAGCCUUUGGGCGCAUGCGCCGCCGUUUUCCAGCGCAACGCGCCGCCGUCUCGCGCCGAGAAGAGUCCCUCCUCAGCCGACGGCGCCAGUGCGGCGACGCGCCCGACGCGCGGCGGGGGGGGGCGCCCGGAGGGGCGCGCGCACUCGUCACGCGAAGAAAGCGAGAGAGAGGAGGAAGAGGAGGGCGACACGAGAGAGCGGCAAAGCUCCGGCGCGCAUGCCAGCCGCGAGGCAGGGAUGUCGAGUGCACCGAGUUUGCUGGGCUGCGCGGAAGGACCCGAGACGCAAAGGCUUCUGGGGGAGGUCGGAGACGAGGAGGGCGGCGCGGAGAUGGGCGCUUUUGAAGCCUCACAGGGUGGGGAUUGCCUCGCGCAGGACCGGUCUUGCAGGACCUGGCGAGCCGUCGCCCCCCUGGGGGAUCCCCUGGGUCCGUACGAAGUGACCUACCGAGGAGACAGCGCCCUGGUGGAAGUCGCAACUACAGAAGCAGACGAAGAUGAUGACCGCAGCGGACAAGAAAGGCUGCUGCUCAGGUGCUUCCCCGAUGAACUCUAG